UCCUAGUUGCCGUAGUUCUUUUCUUUAAGGCUUCAUUUAUGUAUGUGCUCAGGAGAGACCCCGAGGGAGAAGCGGGCUCCCCCCCCCCCCACUGGGCCCGGCCGCCGGGUCACGCCCCAACCACGGAGCCGCCGGGGCCCCUAAUUUCCUUAGUUCUUAAAAAAAAUCCUUUUUGUGUGGCUUCAUUGUCAAGCAAACACCACGGUACACAUUUGUUUUUCUGGAUGAAGAGUUAACCGAGGAGUGAGGGGACUUAGCGAACUUCAUAAACUGAGCCGCCAAACCGGCUAUCAGCAAAAGAUGGUGGAUCGCUUGGCAAACAGUGAAGCAAAUACUAGACGUAUAAAUAUAGUAGAAAACUGUUUUGGAGCAGCUGGUCAACCCUUAACUAUACCUGGAAGGGUUCUUAUUGGAGAAGGAGUAUUGACUAAGUUGUGCAGAAAGAAGCCCAAAGCAAGGCAGUUUUUCUUAUUUAAUGAUAUUCUUGUAUAUGGCAAUAUUGUCAUCCAGAAGAAAAAAUACAACAAACAACAUAUUAUUCCCCUGGAAAAUGUCACUAUUGAUUCCAUCAAAGACGAGGGGGACUUGAGGAACGGAUGGCUUAUCAAGACACCAACUAAAUCAUUUGCAGUUUAUGCUGCCACUGCCACUGAGAAAUCCGAGUGGAUGAAUCACAUAAAUAAAUGUGUUACUGAUUUGCUCUCCAAAAGUGGGAAGACACCCAGUAAUGAACAUGCUGCUGUCUGGGUUCCUGACUCUGAAGCAACCGUAUGUAUGCGUUGUCAGAAAGCAAAAUUCACACCCGUUAAUCGUCGUCACCAUUGCCGCAAAUGUGGUUUUGUCGUCUGCGGGCCCUGCUCUGAGAAGAGGUUUCUUCUUCCAAGCCAGUCCUCUAAGCCCGUGCGGAUUUGUGACUUCUGCUAUGACCUGCUUUCUACGGGGGACAUGGCCACGUGCCAGCCCGCCAGAUCGGACUCGUACAGUCAGUCACUGAAGUCUCCUUUAAACGACGUAUCUGAUGAUGAUGAUGAUGAUGAUAGCAGUGACUAAGGACAUAUUUUGAAAUAUUUAAUUGGGUGUGACUACCUGAGAAAUCUGCUCUGGGGGGGAAUGUAAAAUUCUGAGCUUUCUCUCAGUUUUGCUCUAGCCAUGAAUUUGCCUGAGAAACUUUUAACCUAUGUGCCUCAGUAUAUUCUAUAGAAAAUAGGUCCUGUCAUUGUGUCCUCACCCUCAUCUCCACCCAGCUCCCCACUCUUCUCCAGGGAUAGAUUAUUGCAAAGUAUAUCGGAUAAAUUUUUGGUUUCUUAUUGUUUAAUUUUAGAGUAUUUUGUUGGAAGGUUGGGAAGAGAUGUUUAUUUAACAGAUCAUGUACUACAUUGUUGUUUAUUAUAUGUUCUGUUAUAUGGAAAAACUAAAAGCAAAAAAUGAUGGGGAAAGGAGGAUAAUGCAGUUAGCGAACAUUAUUAGCUUUUUUCCUGACCAUCCUAUCUAAUGGUUAAGACACCAGUAACAAAAAAAAAAAGUGAUUUGAAAAUACUUUGUUUGGCUUUUUCACAUACCAUGUGGUGCCUUAUCAUAAUAGCACUGUUACAUGAAAUAAGCCCUUACCUUCUCACUUUUAGUUUUUGAAAAUAACACUGGUGCUCUUUGAAGUGAUAAAAUGAGCAUUUAUGAAUGGGUGUAAUUAGAAAAUACUUCUCAUCUGCCAAUAACUAAAUUUAGAGCUUCUUCAUUCUAUAUGAAUAAUUAUUUUUCCAUGAAAUAGUUGCAAUUAUAUUUUUAUGUUUUAUAGAUUCCAAAUUAUAAUUGUCAAAUAUAUAUUUUAAAUCAAUAGGUAGCUUUUCAUUCUUAAGAAUUUGGUUUGGAACUUAUCAAAUACAGAAUUGUCACAUUGCGUUAAUUUCUACUUUUAGUAAAACAUUUGUAAGUGUAAAUUCAUCUGCUUUAACGUUAUUUCUAGAAUGAAAAAUCUUAUAAAACCUUUGAAAUUCAACAAUCUCUUUAAGAAAAUCCCAUGAUAGAGCACAGACCUACUUAGGCUGAAGACUUGGAAGAAAUAAUGUGUAAGAGAAUGAUCAAGACAGACCAGUUAAGUUUGAUGAGACUUUAUGUCAGUGGAAGAAUUGCCUAUUUCAGUGUGAAACUAUCUUAAAUUUGCAAAUAUAGUGUUAUAUUUUAUAAAGUUUUGUAAAGUCCCAAACGAUAUUUCUAUUUUUGUAAAACAAUUGUAUGUUUAAUCUGUUUCUGAAAUCCUUUUGCAAUCUGUAGAAAUAGAGUAGAAAUUGAUCUUUCUAAAUUGUAAACUUUAUUGAGUCAGUCUAGAUUGCUUUUGAGGAUUGAUAAUUUUUCACUCUUUGCUUUUGAGGCAGCCAUUUAGGUUGAAAGUAUAUUUAUCAUAUAAAACUUGAUGCAUUUUGCACUAUUCUCUCCGUUUGUAUGCUGCAAAUAAUUACAGUCUUUCAAAUAUGAAAAAAAAAAAAAUCAGCCUAAGGUUUGUUUUAAAUUCCAGACUUUUUGUUUUUAAACUUUUAAAUCUGGGUGUAUUGCAGAUGUCACGAGUUUGAGUCAAUAAUGGAGAAUUUUGGGAUUUGGUAAAGGCACUAACUUUACUAUUAAAUUGUGAAGGUAUCUGAGAUACAUAGAUUUCCCUGUAGGAAAUGUGAAACAAAGACACAACAGUUUUUUUAUUUGUUUUGAUAUCAGAUGGACAUUUGUUUCCAAGCAAUAUAUACACAUAAGUAAUCAACAUAUCAAAACGACUACGAAACCUGAGAAGUGCUAAUGGAGACUUGCUCGGUACAUAGGAACCCAGCAAGCAAAUUUAAGAACCAAGGGGAAAUGUUCUGGGAUGACAUUUGCAUUGUCAACCUCUGUUGACACUGUUUUUACAAUAAAAAAUAUUUUACAACAUAA